UCUCUCUCUCUUCAACAAAGGCCUGGCGAGGCUCGGGGUCGCCAAAAACGCAUCGGCAGCCUUGCCUCUGGGGCUCGCCGCUACCCAGCCUUUCCAGCCAGUUUCCCCCGCUUCUCCUUUUCCCUCGUCGCUCAAGCCGGAGCGAGCAGGCUCCGGGGGGCUAGGUCUAAGGAGGAGGAGGAGGAGAAGGCGGCGCCGGGGAGGAGCCAGACACGCAGGCGGAUUCAGGCUCGGUUGUGUUCGUACCAACCGGCCUCUCCUGCGCCCGAGCAGCGGCGGAGAGAGCGAGCGAGCGCGCGCGGGAAGAGACGGAUGGAGCUCGCGGAACGCCACAAUCCCCGGGGUAAGAGUAAGUGGUGAAUUCUACAUCUUUUCAAAAACACCAGAACCAAAUCCAGAUUUGUGUAGACCGUGCAUUGGAACAGAUGGAUAAUGGAGACUGGGGAUAUAUAAUGACUGAGCCGGUCACUCUAAAUGUGGGUGGACACUUGUAUACGACAUCGCUUACAACUCUCACGAGAUAUCCUGAUUCGAUGUUGGGGGCCAUGUUCAGGGGCGAUUUCCCAACUGCCAGAGACUCUCAGGGCAACUACUUCAUUGACCGUGAUGGGCCUCUUUUCCGGUACAUUCUCAACUUUUUACGAACCUCAGAGCUAACUCUACCUUUGGAUUUUAAGGAAUUCGAUCUGCUUCGGAAAGAGGCAGAUUUUUACCAGAUUGAACCCUUAAUACAAUGCCUGAAUGAUCCUAAACCUUUGUAUUCCGUGGAUACUUUUGAAGAGGUAGUAGAGUUGUCCAGUACACGCAAACUAUCAAAGUACUCCAACCCGGUGGCAGUGAUCAUCACACAGCUAACCAUCACAACCAAGGUCCACUCAUUGCUGGAAGGCAUUUCCAACUAUUUCACCAAGUGGAAUAAGCAUAUGAUGGACACCAGGGACUGCCAAGUUUCUUUCACAUUUGGGCCCUGCGAUUACCACCAAGAAGUCUCUCUCAGGGUCCACCUGAUGGAGUAUAUAACAAAGCAAGGCUUCACCAUCCGAAACACGAGGGUCCACCACAUGAGUGAACGAGCCAAUGAAAACACAGUUGAGCAUAACUGGACUUUCUGCAGGCUGGCGCGGAAAACGGAUGAUUGAUUUUCUGUUCGUUCUCUUGUUUUUAAUUUUCCAGAAGAUGACCCAGCAUCCUCAGAACAUAUUAGGAAAUGGGUCUGGCUUUGCCUAAAACAGUACUGGAGGCUUCCUGUUCUUAUUUUGCUAUGGAUAUUUAUUAUUGGUUUUUAAAGACUGCAGAGUGGACAUGUGCUGGACUCUUCUGUCUUUUGUCUUGUGAGAAACGUAUGCAUGUGGUUGCUCUAAUAUUAUGACUUUUUUAAAAAACAAAGGAUAAACAAGGGGGCAUCCUUUUUUUAAAAAAAAAUGGCAGAUGAUCACAUUAUAACAUUUUUGUUUUAUUACGGUCAUUGGCCACAAUAUAGAAUGAUAAAAAUCAGCCUCCGGGUUCAAACUAUGUUUAAUCCAUUUCCUUAUUAAUACAACAUCUGGUAACAAGAGUUAAAGAGUUAAAUAACAAGUUAAAGCGGUGGGGGGGGGAAUUCUUUCUAGAUUGCCCCCAGAAAUGGCUAUGGUGCUUUUGGAGAUAAAAUAUUACCAUCAUGUAAUCUAACCUUGUUUUUCCUUAAUCGGUGAGCAAACAGUAUUAUAAAAAUUUAGUUACCAACAAACCUCCAUUGCUUUUAUUUUCCAAAAUGCAGCAUUUUGCAGUUAUUGCAACUGUUCCUUUCUAUGCAUUAUAAAUUAAGCAACCAAAUAUUAUAUCUGCAGCUAGGAAAGUACAAUUAUAAGUAUUUAUAUUGGAUUCUGAAUGCAAAUCCAUCCUGUGGUAGAUGUCCUUAUUUUUUAAUGCCAUGUGCAAUAUUAUUUCCAAAUGUAAUGCUUUUCAACAAAACGCUAAUAAAACACAGUCUGGAAAUUAUAUUUGCAAGCUGUUUGUUCCUACCUAUUUUCCUACUUAUUUGUUUUAUAAUCUAGGACACGUAAGAAUGGCAAAGGAAAGAACAUUUAAAAUAGGGACAGAACUUAAAAUUAUUGGCUAGGCUUUUCAAAGCAUUUGUAAAGGGAAGUAGGCUGGACAAUGCAAAUGACAUUUUCUUAGAAUAGGAACCAAUAUGCUGUACCUCCUGUUCUGCUCUCUGCCCCAUCUGAUAAUUAAAUGAGAAGUUGGCAUGCUAUACAGAGCCUUAUUCUCUAGUGUAGCGUUUGUUCCCUAGGUGGGGGCCUUUGGCCUCAUGUAAGGCGUUCUUAGAAAAUGAAGUGGGUUGGGGUUCAGGGAGCAGAAACUGGUUGCAGAAGCAACUUCAUUAUUUUGGUUCUGAUAAAUUGCAUUUUUGCCUAUGCUGUUUAGAGCAAUUGUUGCAUGUGUAAUUUCCAUGGCAAUCCUUUGUUGACAAUCUCCUCAACAUGAUCUCAAAAUUCCAAGGAUCCCUUCAGAUACAGCAGUGCUUCUCAAAUAGUGGGGCGGGCCCCCCAGGGGGGGUGCGAGGCUCCGUAAAGGGGGGCGCGUUUGA